GGCAGCUUCGGAGGAGGCAGCUUCGGAGGAGGCAGCUUCGUUGGGGGCGGCUUUGGAGGAGGCUUCGGUGGUGGAUUUGGAGGAGAUGGCGGCCUUCUUUCUGGAAAUGAAAAAGUAACCAUGCAGAAUCUGAACGACCGCCUGGCUUCCUACUUGGACAAAGUUAGGGCUCUGGAAGAAUCAAACUAUGAGCUGGAAGGCAAAAUCAAGGAGUGGUAUGAAAAGCAUGGCAACGCAGGCCAGCGGGAGCCUCGUGACUACAGCAAAUACUACCAAAUCAUUGAAGAUCUUAAAAAUCAGAUCAUCAAUCUAACCAAUGAUAAUGCCAAUGUGGUGCUUCAGAUCGACAACGCCAGGCUGGCAGCUGACGACUUCAGGCUGAAGUAUGAGAAUGAGCUGGCCCUGCGCCAGAGCGUGGAGGCCGACAUCAAUGGCCUGCGCAGGGUGCUGGACGAGCUGACCUUGACCAAGGCUGACCUAGAGAUGCAGAUUGAGAGCCUGACUGAAGAGCUCGCCUACCUGAAGAAGAACCAUGAGGAGGAAAUGAGAGACCUCCAAAACGUGUCCACUGGUGACGUGAAUGUGGAAAUGAAUGCUGCCCCAGGUGUUGAUCUGACCGAACUUCUGAAUAACAUGAGAAAUCAGUAUGAACAACUUGCUGAACAGAACCGCAAAGACGCUGAGGCCUGGUUCAAUGAAAAGAGCCAGGAACUGACUACAGAAAUCAAUAGUAACAUCGAACAAAUGUCCAGCCAUAAAUCUGAGAUUACUGAAUUGAGACGCACUGUUCAAGGUCUGGAGAUUGAACUACAGUCCCAAUUGGCCCUGAAACAAUCUCUGGAAGCCUCCUUGGCAGAAACGGAAGGCCGCUACUGUGUACAGCUCUCACAGAUCCAGGCCCAGAUCUCCUCUCUGGAGGAACAACUACAGCAGAUUCGAGCAGAAACCGAGUGCCAGAAUGCUGAGUACCAGCAACUCCUGGAUAUUAAGAUCAGACUGGAGAAUGAAAUUCAAACCUACCGCAGCCUGCUAGAAGGAGAGGGAAGUUCCCGCGGCGGCGGGCGCGCCUAUGGCGGAAGUUCCGGCGGCGGCUAUGGCGGAAGUUCCGGCGGCGGCUAUGGCGGAAGUUCCGGCGGCGGCUACGGAGGCGGUUCCGGCGGCGGCUACGGUGGCGGAAGCUCCAGCGGCGGCGGCUACGGCGGCGGAAGCUCCAGCGGCGGCGGACACGGCGGCAGUUCCGGGGGCGGCCAGGCCGGCGGUUCCAGCGGAGGUCUCGGCGGCAGUUCCGGCGGCGGCUACGGUGGCAGCAGUUCCAGCGGAGGCCACAAGUCCUCGUCUUCCGGGUCCGCUGGCGAGUCCUCAUCUAAGGGACCAAGGUCAGCAGAAACUAGCUGGGAUACUAAGAAAGCCAGUGUAAUCAAGACAAUUAUUGAAGAGGUGGCACCUGACGGUAGAGUCCUUUCAUCUAUGGUUGAAUCAGAAACCAAGAAACACUACUAUUAAACCGCAUCAAGAGGAAAGAGUCUCCCUUCACACAGGCCAUUAUGUACAGAAUCAUGAGAAACAUCUUCUCCAGGAAAACGCUUCAAUCUUAAUGGUCUAGAAAAUAAGGUGUCUAAAAGGUGUUUUGCGGUUCCUAUAUUUCUUCUUUUCACUUUGCCAGAAAGUGUUCUUUAAUGGGAAAAAAAAAAAACCCUUUCUAUGCUCAUUUACUAAUGACUUUCAAUAAACUUUCAUACUGAUGCAAACUA